AUGAAACUAGAGGAUUGUGGAAGUGACCGUAAACAAAGGGCAUCAAGUAGUAGUAAGUCAACUCGAAGUCGGAAAUCACAAGAGCGUGUUUCUACAAGAAAAUCACAGACAAAAAGCAAUGAAUCUUCCCAGCCAAUUGAAACUCCUGCUUCAAAACGUAAAAGAGGUGGUGAUAAAUCAAAGCCUGUUCCUGUCGCUACUCCUACACGUAGUAGUAGUCGUUUAAGACGUUCUACAGCCUCUGCAAAUACAACAGAUGAAAAAUCCACACCUAAAACUAAAUCACCUAAUGAAUUAAAAAAGGAAAAAUUUACUUAUUCAGAUUUAUUUGUUACAGAUGAUGUUGAUGGUGAUGAUCAAGAUUUAGAUGAAAAUGUUGAUGCUGGUGAUGAAGAUAGUGAAUACGCUCCAUCGGAUGAAGAGACACUUCAUCGACUUUCAAAAGUAUCAAAAACUCGUAAAGGUGUCUCUUCACGUACACGUCGACAUUCAAAAGCACAAUUAACAACACCUGCUAGUGAACCUGAAGAUGAUGGAGGUUCUACUGAUGAAGAUGAAGCAGGUGAAUCUGAAACAGAAGAGGAUGAUGAUGAAGAUGAUGAAGAAUUAGGCGACUCAGUGUUAAUUAAUCAUUCUGGUAGUGUUAAUGGUGGUAUGCAAUUGUUUGAAGAUGAAGCAAGUCAAAUACAAAAAGAUAUUUAUGAUUUCGAUGCACAAAGUAUUAUUUCAGAUAAACGUGUUAGCACAAUGAAAAAGAGAAUAGCAACAAAUACUGUCAAUCAUCGUAACAUGAAUGUAUCUACUGGUCGAUCGACGCGUAGAACUUCUGCUGGUAAAGGAACUAGUUGGGGUUCAAAUAUCUAUAGUGCUCUUGCAGCUGCGCUUAAAACACGAGCUGAUUUAGACGCGUAUUCAAGUUUCCUGAAAUUAAAUGUUCUAAAUGCUGGAUUUGAUAAAUUUUUAGCAGAAAUAUGCAAACCGAGUAAUCAGCAUGCUAAUCUAUUCUAUGGUGCAUCGGCUAGUCUACAAAGUUUAAUGAGUCGUAUAAAUGAUCAUGAUAAAGUUGUUGAAUUGUUGCAUGCAUUUGUUUCACGUCCUUAUGAUCAAUUGCAACAUCGUGUUGUUUAUCUAGUGCCAAUAAUCCAUCAACCAUUAUUUGGUGUUUCUCAUAUGACGCCUAUCAGUCAACAUCUUGAAUCACUUGUUAAAAAUAUUGAUGAAGAAAUGAUUAUAAAACCAGCGUAUAUUCUUAAUCAAGAAACAAAUUUAUUAGCAAUACGUAGUUCAGUUGCUAAUGAUUUUGGUGUUUCAAAUACACAGUAUAAUUUUAUCACAGGUGCUGGUAAUCUAGGAAGAUAUAUGCCAGAUAUCAAUCAGUUAAUUGUUCCAUCUGAUUUAUAUCAAAGAUUAACUGAAUUGAUUGCUCUUCCACCGGAGCGAAUCUAUGAACUUGCUUUGGCUAGAAUUCAUCAACAAGAAGAUGAAGUUGAUAUUGACAUCAGUCCAUUGGAACCACCAAAUUUACAAAGAAUUGUUCUAGCUAUCAAUAAAGAUGGCGAUUUAAUCGGGAUAGCAGUAUUGGAUGCAUGGAAUCGUACUGAUGUUCCACACAAUAGACCAAAAGUACCUAUUGAUUUGUUUAAUGUCAAUGCAUUGUCGGAGAGUAUAAGCCAGGUAAAGCAAAAUGGUACUAAUGAGACGGCGGCGGCGGUGGUUAACCAUCAAACCAUAGAGGAACAAGUUCGUGACGUUUUAGAUAAUAUGAUAGACUGGGUAGUUUUAAAAUCUGAUCCUAAAGAGUAUAGUUCAUCAACAAAACGUGUAACUAGGCAAGAAAGUUCUAUUCUUGGUCCAAUACGAUUUUUAGAUGCAUUUGUUGUUAAACCGAAUGGACGUCGAGAUACUCUAUUGUUAGUUGCACAUCCUGCCAAUUGUUAUCCAUCUGAAAGUAGUACUAGUAAUAGUGAUACUGCCGAUAGCGACAGUUACUUCGUGUAUUCACUUGUUGAUGAGUCAAAAUUCUGUUUGGAAAAGCAUGGAUUUAUGCCAGAAUUGUCUAUAGCACUUGAUGGUGUACAUACUAUUGAUCCAGAGGAUAUACUUGAGGAUAAAUCUUUAUUAGUAGUUCCUGAUCUGUUGUUCGACACUCUGAGAAAAGUUAUGCUACGUGAAUUGGCCAGCUCUAGUAGUACGGCAGCAGCUGCUGCAGCUGUUGUUGCCUCUACAAGACCAGAUACAAAUACACUUCCUUUGACGUCAACAGGUCCAGCAGCUGUUAUUCACUGCACAAAAUUCGUUAUAUUAGAUCGUCAACGACGUGUUCCUCUAGCAGUUGCGUUUGAUUCCCCGGUUCGUCUUACCCUUCAAGUAGCAGAUGAUAAGCUAGGCAUACAUCCCCAUGGAGAGGCUGCUUCUGUCAAUUUCGAUCAGGUCACUCCUGCAGAGUUAAAGUCCUAUGAAGCAUCAUUCAAACCUACUUCAGCUGAAUACCGUUUAGUUGCUAUAAAUGGAUUGUUGUAUGGUUUACAAAUUGAUGAUCAACGCGUUAUUCGUCGUAUUGUUGAAAUUGUUCCUGCUCGUUUCGACUCCAUCUUCCCACAUACAAGAAAUCCUUCGUUGUGUGCUCAGUCUAUAUCUGCAGGUUGUAAAUCAUGUCCUUCCAAUGUUAGAAUAGUAAAUGAUGAAACGAACAGUUCUACUGUUUUACCAGCAUUUUAUUAUCCACAUUAUGAACAAAAUAAGUUGUGUAAUGUUGUCUCUGGUUUUACUGAUCAGUUGUGUAGCUUAUUUUUCGAUUUACCUGUCUGUGUAAGCCUAUACGAUGUUGUUCUACGCAUGGCACAAAAGCAUAUGCCAGAAAUUUUAGCUAAACAACAUAUUGAAGCAGCAGAAGCUGCAGCCUACGCUGAAGCUGCUGCAAAUCCUCAUGCUCCUCCACCAUCUCCAGUUCCACUCCCGGAACACUGGGGUGUUUGUUGUUUAUGUGCUAAAGAACUUCGUUCACCGAAUGGUUUACUAGACCAUGAAAUGAGACAUUUAGGUCUUUCUAGAUUCCGAUGUGGAGUGCAUAAUGUUUCCUUCAUAGAUCGUCGAUCCUGGCAACUUCAUAUGAAUGAACAUCAUGCUUGUCCACGCUCAGGUCAUUUAUCUGUACUUCUUCGCCCUAAUCCAGUUGUUAAUCAGAAUGAUUCAGGUAGUGAACAGGAUGAUGAAGAGGAAGAAGCAGCUGAACAAGAUACUAAUGCUCCAGGUAGUGGUUUACUUGCUGGACUUGCAAAUGUCUUCAACACAGGUCUUGUUGGUCGUAUGGAAGCUCCGCAAUGCGAAAGGUGUGGUGACUACUUCCCUGCAGCAGAAGUACUUGCACAACACUUAGAUUUCUGUGAUGGUGUGAGUUUUUCUCUUCGUACUCCGCUAUCUCGAACUGCCGGUGGUAGUAGUGGAAAACCGCUUUUAAUAGAAGACUCUAAUGCUAUAUCUGGAGACGAUGUGUCUAUGGAGGCUACUAAUGUUACAAAUGCUGACGAUACAACUUCAGAUGCUAAAGAGGAUGCUUGUGUUUGUGGUGUUUGUGGGAUUCAAGUUCCAUCACGUGAUAAAAUACUUCGACACUUUACAGUCUAUCACCUUCAAUGUGUUUUGUGCAAUAAAGUUCUUCGAUCAAUGGAAGAACUUUCUGGACAUUAUCAUACACAUAUAAAAACUGAUGCACCGAAUGCUUUAGAAGAAUCUGAUACUGAACAGACCAAUGUAGUCGAAGGUGAGACAAAUCAAGAGACAGCCAAAGUUAGUGUUAAUAAAAAGUCAUCGAAAAAGUUAAUGACGUGUGAUAUAUGCACAGAAUUUUAUGGUACACAGUAUAACUAUUAUUUUCAUCAAUGGGCAGAACACGGAGUAGUCCACCCUGGUGGUGAUGGUAAUUCAGAAGGCAUAGUUCAAAUGAUUACUCAAACACGACAUUUUCGUCAAAAAGUAGACAAAGAUGAUUUAUCUGCAAUUGGUAUUCGUAAAAUGAAAUGUAAACUAUGCGGACUUGUAGUUCGUUGCAGUGGGAAAGAUUAUGUACAACAUCUUAGUGAAAAACACAAUGUGAAUACAACACUUGAUGAUAUUUGUCGUAUAUGCGCUGAUGUUUUUGAAUCACCUGAGGAUCUAUCUACUCAUCUUGGUGAAAUACACUUUCCUACUGGUGAAUUUGGUAAUGCUGGUGUUCAGACUAUAUUCCGUUGUACACAUUGUGAUUUUUGGGGUUUUAAUAAAGGUGUUUUACGACAUGCACGUGAAAUUCACGAUGAUUCAUCACCUUCUAUAUACGAAUGUGUUCAUUGUUAUGAACGCUUCUCUGAUAAAAGAGUAUGGCGAGCUCAUAUGGAUAAACAUAAUGAAGGUUAUUCUCAUAGGUGUAUGGAAUGUGGACGUGCAUUUCGACUGAGACCGUCUCUUCUUCAUCAUAUGCGAUGUCAUCAUGGUGAUGAUCAAGGACCAGCAACUUGUGAAUUCUGUGGAUUAAUUUAUCCUAAACAAUCGUCUUUAAGAUAUCAUAUUUUCCGUAUGCAUAAUCAUGAAUUAGCCCAUGAAUGUUUCAUGUGUCAGCGGCGUUUCCGAUUGGAGACAGAACUUCGACGUCAUGUGAAAGAAAUGCAUAGUGGAGCUGUCAAAUGUGAAAUCUGCCAUAAAGUUUGCGCUAAUCUACGAUGUUAUGCCCAGCAUAGACAAAAACACUUUCGUACACGUAUUUAUCAGUGUACUGAUUGUCAGACAACAUUUAAAAGUAAACUGGCUAUGAAACGUCAUAUUCGUGUGGAACACUUGCAAUUAGGUCCAGAGAAGUUCGAAUGUCAAAUAUGUGGAAAGAUUGUUACACAAAUUGGUAUGCAUAUGUUAAUCCACAAAGAUGCCCGUUUCGAAUGUGAAUAUUGCAAUAAAAAAUUCACUAAAACUGCCUAUUACAAUGAACAUUUACGCAUACAUCGUGGAGAACAACCAUUUGAAUGUCAUAUAUGCAGAAAACGAUUUAAUAAAAAAUCCAAUCUUAAUGUUCACGUAAAAUUCCAUGAAAAACAUCGUGAUGAAGAAGGAAAUUAUCUUGAACUAAAGCCUCGUGGUCGUAUCAGUACAAUGUUUGGUGAUGCUUUAAUGAGUCCAAGUGAUCGAGCAGCUAGACAAGCAGCUGCUAGAGCUGGCAAUCUAUCAAUAUAUGUGCCUAAAGUUGAUGCAGCUGUUGGCAGUGAUUUUCCCGGUGCUUUCAAUUGUACUGGUCCAGCUGGUGCAGCAGCUGAAGCAGCUUCACGUGUUGCUGAAUUAUACGGUCUUGAUGGAAUGGAUACAAAUCAUACUAACGCAUCGGAUAAUUUUAUUUUAGAACCAGCAAGUAUAAGCGAUUUGUCAGAAAUUGAACCAUUAUUGAAAAAACAACGAAUGCUUUAACUAACACAUUUUAUAGUGUUGAUGACAAUCACUUUUUUUGUAGUCUUUUGUAUUUAGUAAGAGAUUUCAUCAUCUUGAGAAAAAAAAGAGAGAGAGAGAAGGGAUGUUCACAAUGUACGUACGUGACAAAUGUCAACAUGUCUUCACCUGUGUUGUUGAUCAGGUGGCACUUUCUUCUUCUGUAUGUUUGUGUGUACGUGUAUGUAUGAGUGUACAUCUGUUAUUCUUUGUCUUCAGAGAGAGUGAGUGAGAGGGUCAGAACACCGCUGUUGGACAUUUGAUGGCACAUUUUAUGAAAUUUUAUUACUGUGUUGUAUAUUAUUAUUAUUAUUAUUAUGACGACCGGAAAUUUGUGCACAAUAUUUUCUCCCCAUAAUAAUUUUGACUUUUUUUAUUUAAUGAUGAAGACGUAGUAGACUUGACGAUUCACAUUAUAUUUUAUUGUUAGUGUGUGUGCGUGUGUGUAUAUGUAAUAACACUUUGUUUCUCUUAUUUACACCCACAUAUUUUUUACACUACAACUCACCUGAUACUUUCUGAGUAACCACACAGACACACACAUACACCCCCAUGUGUACAGUUUCCUUUUUAUAGACGCGUGUAUAUGUUUGUUAUGUAAUUGUGUCUGUCGCAUUGCACAACGUAUAUUAUAUGUGUAUGCUUCACACCCUACACAUCUAUGACAACAACGGCAACAACAACAAUAAUAUAACAUUUUUAUGCAAAUUCCACAUAUCUACGUAUUCAAAAAUAAUAAUAAUAAAGAAAAGAAUUCUGUGCUGCCCCAUCGUCCCCGACUUACAAUCGUUUCGACGUAUUAUUUUUUUAUACAUAUAUUUCUUUGCUAUCUAUACACUUACUCUUUCCAUUUUUCGUGGAAACAAUGAACUAUACCGUUUAAAUACAUAGUAGUGGUCGUAUAUGCAUAGUUCACGUAUCUAACGAGGAUCUCUUUUUAUAGUUGUUUUGAUGUGCGUGCGUGCGUGUGUCUGUAUCACUUUAGUGUAGCCAAAAUAUACGUGUAUCGGUUC